GAUACGUCACCCCACCGCCUCCAUAUAUCCUUUCGAAUCUGAUCCAUGGCAUUUAUGAAGGACUUUCUCUAGAGCAUCAAACUCGGCCAUUUUCAGCUGUGUAGAUGGAGGUCGAGACCACUACUUUGCAGAGAUGGAUGACCACCUAUGGAAAACACUCAUUUCAUUUUCUUGAAAUUGUAUGGUAAAAUGGCUUAACUGGCGAACCCAACAAACCAUUUCUUCCAAGGUCAACUACUUUUCAUUUUCUUUCUUAUUUCUUCAACAUCCACUUAUCAUUUUUAUUCUUCAAAGUUAUUCUGAUCUCGAUCCUCCUUCUAAAUAUAAAAAAGUUACCACUUUGGAAAUGGCGACAUUGGUGAACCGAACAACCUAUUUUUUCAAGUUGAAACCUAGUAUUAAUUUUCUUACUUCUUCAAUUACAUCCGUUUUUCAUUUUCAUUCUUCAAAUCGUUUUGAUGUCGACCCCCCUGCUCCUUCUAAAUACCAAAAAGUUUCAAAUUUGGAAGAUGCCUUGAACCUGUUCGAUGAAAUGUCUCAAAGAAACCCUCUUCCAUCUGUUAUUUAUUUCAAUCAGCUGUUGAAUUCUGUCACCAAAAUGAAACAUUUUUCAAUUUCCAUUCAUCUCUUUAAACGAAUGUGUUCCCUUGGUCUUCCUGUUGAUCACUACACCACCAGUAUUGCCAUCAAGUGUUGUUGUCGUUUGCGUAGAACCAACGACGGUUUUGCACUUUUAGGUCUUUCCUAUAGACGAUAUAUUGUACCAAAUGUCUUCACUUUUAGCACCCUCUUAGACGGGCUCAUCCUAGAAGAUCGUAUUCUUGAGGCUGAGCGAUUCUUCAAAAAGCUCAUCAAACGAAAACUUUGCGAACCUAAUGUUGUUAUGUACUCCACAAUGAUCAAAGGCCUUUGCAAAAUCGGUAAUAAUGCUAUUGCCAUUUCUUUGCUUAGGCUGAUGGAUGAAAGAGGCCGUAAACCUGAUGUUGUCGUAUAUAGCACAAUCAUUGAUAGUCUUUGCAAGGACCAAAUGAUUGAUGACGCCUUCAAACUAUUUAAAGAGAUGGUCUUUCAAAAACGCAUUGCACCUAAUGUCAUCACUUACAGCUCUUUGAUUUCUGGCCUAUCUAAAUUAAAUCAGUGGGAUGAGGUGUAUAAGAUGCUAAAAGAAAUGGAGGAUUAUAGGAUCUCUCCCGAUGUUCAUACUUACAGUAUAUUGGUUGAUGCAUUCGGCAAAGAAGGUCGGGUAAAAGAUGCUGAGACUGUUAUCAACGUCAUGAUUGAGAAAGGCACGCUUCCUAACAUAGUGACUUACAACUCACUUAUCGAUGGUUAUUGUUUGAGAGGUGAAAUGACCAAAGCUAAGACAGUUUUUAAUUCCAUGGUGUCUAAAGGUAUCGUCCCUAAUGUUAUUACUUACAGCAGUUUAUUGAAUGGGUACUGCAAGAAUUCAAAGAUAGAUGAGGCCUUGCAAAUGUUCAGUGAAAUGACUAGGAAGGGUUUGAAACCCAAUACAGUCACUUACAGCACGAUGUUGCAAGGAUUGUUUAGGGCCGGGCAUUGUGGGGUUGCACGUAAACUCUUUGAUGACAUGCGAGAACAAGGCAAUGUUCCAAACGAAUUGACUUAUGGCAUUGUUCUAGAAGGUCUUUGCAACAACCAUCUUGUAGAAGAUGCAAUCUCUUUGUUCAAUCUAAUGGGUAAUAGCAAGCUUAAUUCAAGUAUUGUUGUGUACACUACCCUUAUUGAUGGUGCAAGUAAAUGCCAUAAGUUCGAUAUCGCAAGGGAUCUUUUCCAGGAUCUGUUGGUUAAAGGUUUGCAACCUGAUGUCCGGACAUAUAAUGUGAUGAUAAGUUCUUUGUGUCGUGAAGGUUUAUUGGGCGAUGCAAAGGAGAUGUUUCUCAAAAUGGACCAGAGUGGUUGCUCGCCAAAUAGUGUUACUUACUGUGUUCUUCUCCAAGGAUAUCUAAAGAAUAAGCACUAUGUUGACAUAGAGAUGCUUUUACAGGAAAUGGAUGCAAGGGGUUACUCACUUGAUGUUUCAACAUUAUCCUUGCUAAUUGACUCAAUUGCCGCUGGAUCACUAGGUACCACUCUUUCUGAAUUGAUUAGCAAGCUCGUGCCAAAAGAAUUGAUGGAUUCUUCCAGUUUUGCUACCUAGAUAAAAAUUUAUAAUAGAAACCCAAAAAAAGUGAAUGUGGAUUUGAGUAGUUGAAUGAUGUUUUGUUAGUUAUAUGGAUACUAGCUGUUUGCAUCUUCUAUAAUAUUCCUUUUUGUGAUAUGUUCAUUCAGUUGAUUUUAUUUGCUAUUGUGCUUGUGCGGUUUUCAUAUAUACAAUAUGGAUGUCAUGGCUUAAUCUA